CAGAGGGAGUGUAAAGUCCUUGGAAACACGGCUGUUCUUCCCCACAGUCACUAACUGGACUAGAAGACAGUUUCUCCGCAAGACAUUUGUCAUAAUUUUCCCUAAAGCAUGAUGCUUUGUGUCGCUCAAUUUUGGGUCUCCAUACAGCUCAAAACAGUAUCUGUAAACAAAACGAGGAUGUGCAUUUGCUACCGGUGAACGGAGAGGAAUUUUGACCCAUUCGGCGCUCCAUAGAGGAAAACACCACCGCCCACCUACUUGAGGUCAUGCGGCCUCCUCUGUUUUGAUUCACAGCUCCGACUCGGACAGAUUGGGCAGAGAUGGAGGAAGACUGGGAGUCGGGGUAGCAGUUUCAAGCAACCUUCCUACUGGAGUAAAGCAUUUUUUUUUACCUUUAAUAAGACAGAGGCGGAUAGUAAAGCUGGCAGCGGUGUGUGGUACUCGAUUCCGCCCGGAUGACAUGGAGAUCUCGGCGGAGGGAGAGGCCGAAGAGCGCAGGUGAGAGCCGCUGGGCCGGGGGAGAGGGGCAGGUUCUCCGGCUGUUCGGUGUACAGAAGCACCGUGGUAAUAGAAAUUCGGACCCGUGUCUGUAAUGAAGAAGACCAACAACACUGAUGAAUUGUCGGACUGGUAAUUCUUGCGAUAAUUUCAGAUGCUGAGCUCACUGACGUGCUGCACUUUGAGAGGAUUAAAUCUCCAAACCGAGGCUAAGCUAGGCUAAAGUAGCAUGCAUAGGUUUGACAGUUGGGAAGAAAAACACGCGAUAACGUUGUUAACACGUUUAAAAUCAGCUGGAUUAAUCUUUACUAGAGGUAUGGUUGACUGAAAGUCGUUUAACACUCAUAAGCUUUAAUCGUGUUGUUAGUUAUCCGUAAGCUGGGACAUGCUAACAGCUUAAGCUAGCUGUCAAACCAUAUGACCAACCACAAUUUUACAACACCAAGGCAAUCUAACGAAACCCAAGAUAUCAACUCUACCAUAAAUCGCAACUGGACGAAGCUACACAUCUAUCAAUCAUUGCUGACAUUUUCAGACAAGCAUUAUUGUUUGGGUGUUGAUACUGGAGUGCUUUAUAUUCAAAGGUGCAAGUAAUAUAGGGGAGAGUGGGGUAAGAUGAGCCAUUUUUCAUAUUUCGGAUCACUACAUCAAGGCCAUCAUAGUUUUGACUCUAACUAGUGUAUCUGCGUUUGAGGAUGUUAUGUAUCCCUGCAAACCAACAGAAUGAGUAUAAACAUAACUGUCUUGAUAAUAUAGCAUGCCAAAAAAGGUGGUCUCCUAUGCUCAACUUACCCCGUGUAUGGGGUAAGUUGACCAUAGGAGCGGGGUAAGUUGAGCCGUAUCCCUACCAUCCACCCACUCUUCACCCCAGCCCUCCCUCAUCUUCUCUGUCCCUAAAUAACAGUCACUUCUUCACAUUCAUGUGUAUUUUUAUCUAUUAUACGCUAUUCAACUGGUACAAUAACUCUUUUAAUUAUUAUUGCAUAUAACUGCUAAAAAGCUGUUUAGUAAAAAAAAGUCAUUUUAACAUGAGAAUGUCUUUAAAUGAUUCAGAACACAAGUAAGACAUUUCAACAAUCUGAACUGAAACUCUGAUCCUCUCAUCAGACUCCUUUUACUUUCUCAGUUGAGCCACUGGAUCAACUUACCCCAGAACUGCUAUUAUGACUUUAUUAGUCCUCUAAGCUAAAUGGUGGACUUUUAUGCUAGGUUUUUGACCUCAUGUUGUAGUUGAUAGAUACCACAAUUGAUGUAUAAAACACACUUAAAAUGAUCUUUUUUGGUCUGAACACAAUUCUAAUAAAACUUAUGACAGACUAAAUUCACUUUCAAGAGUGAAAAAUGUAUUUUUUGGGAGUAAAUGUCUAACCCCUUCACCCAUGUGCUUCUAACCUUCACAGACUCCAUGAAUUGAUGCCCAUCUCCUAAAUAUUUGGUCACAUGAUCAAUUUCUUUUACCAUUUCCAAGCAACAGAGGGUGGCUCAACUUACCCCACUCUCCCCCCUACUUUGUGUUUGUCAAACGCACCUUUCAGUAUGUGAGAUCUAAAUUUAAAGUAAUAAUUUCCUGUGUGAUCAUGUCAACAAGAGCUGAAAAUGUUGUAACUUCCCGACAGUAGAGCUCGUGGUACAGUUGACUGUUCUUUGGUUGAUAAUGUUAUUGCUAGCUCUAUCAGGUGUUGAAAUACUCUGUCCAUUCACACAUUGUUCACUAGAGACAGUUCAUAACUGGUUUCAAAAGCAACCAGCAGUUACAGAAAACAGCUUUCAAAAGCGAAGAGGAAAUUCUGCACAAUUUCAUUCAGCCUACUGCAUAUAACUUACAGGUGACCGGAGUUUAUCAUCACAACUGAAAGACUUUUUGUGUUUGUUCAAAAUUUAAAGGUUAGAUUGUGUAAACAAAUCUGGUUCCAGGCUUGUCUAAUAUAACACACAUACUAAAACAAACAACAUGGAGUGAAGACGACCCUUAACCUGAACUAUAUCUCUGACUCUUGUCAAAUUUCACUCCUCGAUGUUCAGCACGCACAUAUACGAACAAACUCAAGUCUUACUUAAUACAAGUCCCCCUUACAUCUUUCUUGUUACAUAAAGGCAUAAUGCUCUGCUUUAUGUGGAGAACUCUCCCUGACAUUUAAUAAUCACCUUCAUGCAAUGGUGCAUGAUGUGAUUAGAUUAAUUAUGUUAAGUCAAAGCUCGUCCUCUGCUCGACCUCCUCCAGGACCACGCUGUCCAAUUUGGAUGUUGCAUGUUGUGUUUCUUUGUGAAAGGGGACUUGUUUAUCAGUUUUAAAUGCUCCAAAGGAAUCUAAAGUUACUAAAAUCUGUAAAAAGAUAUGCCUGGUAGCAGAGUUUAGUGUGUAGGGUCAGUGUGUAUGGUAAUGGUUAAAGGAUACUUGGAAAAACUUUCAUUUAAUAAAGAGUGGCCCUGCAGAAAAGAGAGGCCUUUGUUGGCUUCUUUUGAAGAACAUGAAGAAAUAAUCACUAUCAUGGGUUACUUAAAAAAAGCAGCAUGACUGUGUUGUUCAAGAGAAGACGAGCCUCUUGCUUUGGCAGCAUAUUUGCACGCUGAAACAUAAUGUAUGUGGAAACAGUUAAAGAGCACGCCUUUAAGUGUCAAUACACUCGACAGUUUUUUUUUUGUCCUUGUCGCUGGGGUAAUGCAACUCGUCCCGAUAGCAUUCAGUCUUUUACUGCUGACUUUGUGGUAAAAUGAGGAAGUCCAGGUUGUGAGUCGCAACUCUUUCGCUCAAAGGGACUGUGACCUAGUUUUGUUUUGUAUUCAAUGCUUUUGAAACAGCAUCUCUAUACUGCUCUAAGGUUUCAUGUCCUAAGAUUGCAUCAAACAAACUUAACUGUGCUCUUGUGAUGAUGCAUGUAUUCAGUAGGGAGGCAGAGGGGUAGUUUAUUUUUAGUCUAGGAGGUGGUGAACACUAGCUUAUGUAUAAUAACUAAAACGCUGAGGACUUAAUUUGUAACAGUAUUGAGUAAUGCUUCAAGUCACGACACUGCUAACACCAGCAAUUCUCUACCUCCUUCCUCAUUCCUAAACUUCCUUCCCACUGUUUUCUUUUAGGAGGGAGCACUGGAAGCUGCUGUCCAGUCUGAAGACAACAGUGGAGGGUCUAGUGUCCACCAACAACCCCAAUGUGUGGUCACGUUAUGGUGGCCUACAGCGGCUCCACAAAGACAUGAAUAACAUCCUGAGCCAUGGUUUGAAGAAUGAACAGGUCAGAGCUCAUUAAUUACACUCUCCUCAAGGGAAUAACAUAAAGUUAAAGGGUGUUGCCUCCACCUCAAAAGGAUCAACAGACACAAUCAAAAUCUGAAUUACCAACACAUACGGUCAUUUUGCUCAGAAGAGUUUUCAUCAUCAUGCCAGUCUAACCUUUUGUCCUAAACUACAUGUGAAUGCGAGUCACAGUGGUACACACAAUGAAGACUUGUUGUGAUUUUGUGUUGCAGGUUUACUAUAAGCAGAGAGACUACUGGCCGUUUGUGUGGUGUGUCCGCUACGUCAGUCCCCACCUGGCCUCUCAUGUUGAGCAGGUAUGUUUGGUCUAGGUUGCUGCAUUUCUCAAAUCUCCUCAGUAUUUUUUUUUUUUUAUGGGAGUAGAGAUCCCAUUAAAAACGUGCCUUAUGUUGCUUGAUGCUUCAACUAACACCUUGAAUAAUGGUGUUAAUCCCAGCUUCAAGAGCUUACUUCGCAGUUGACAGUAUGUUACUUCCAAAACUUGGUAUUAUGUGCUGCAGCACGUUUGAAAAUCUUAACAGAUUCUGAAGACGGCUGUCUUUGAUCAAUCUGUAGUUUGCGAUAUUUAAGCUCAAACAUUUAAGUACUGGCCCGGCUCUUAAGGACCCUUGACUGACAUGAUUCAGCAAAAAGGUCAAACAGUGAUGCUCAGGAGGAGCGUGUAUAUGUGGGAAAUGAUAAGAGCAGUAAUUUUAGAAUCACUACAUGUUAAAAAAGGCUGUUUUCCUUCAAUAGCUUCCAUGUCAUGUGACCAAAAGACCUAAAUUUGAUCUCAAAUAAUAGAAGCAGGACACACAUUAUUUGAUCAGUUUUUAUUGUGCCCCUAAAGUUCUUUGUGUGCACCUCACUUUUUCACAUUUGCUCCUUGGUAAAAAACUUGGUGUCAAGCCCUGGAUAGUGAAAGUGCCUUGAACUCAUUCUUGAUUAUCCCUGGUUUCUUUAACAUGUUGGAUGGCUUGUUUUGACAAGCCCCACACAGAAAUGUUGGUAGGUUUCGUGAGCAAAAGAAGGCAGAUAUGUGAUUUAGUUAUGUAAUUCAUGGAUGCUCUCAACACAUACGUGCCUCUACAUUCAUUCUGCUGCUGCUGACAAAGCAGUAGUUAACUUUUUUGGGAAGUUAAGAUGUGUAUCGUUUCAGUCUGUAAAAGCCUGACACAGUUCACACUGUCAGCUUUCAACCACAGCCCCCUCUUUUAAGGAUUGUCGGUCACAGGAUUGGGCAGCAACAAAAAAGGGAUUAGGAGUGCUUGGAAUCUAAUUAUCGUCAUUAUGCCCUCUGUUUCUGACCAGAAGGGCUUAUAGUGUGAUGUAAUCAUCAUGUGACGAUUGGCCUCUGAUGUCUCAUCUGUCAGCCCUAAGCUUUGUACCAAUAGGUUUUUUUUUUAUGAAAACAAAACCUUUAAACUAGUACAUGCAAAUUUGAUCCAAACAAUGUAUCUUUAAUUCUUAAAAUUCUUUUUAUUCAUAUCAAUAAGAACUUAAGAUGAACAGACUGACGUUUGAUCAGUUUCAGUGGUGAGUACUUGCUUUCACAUGUCUACUCUCCUCCUGCUCCCUCUUUCUGUCCUCAGUUCAGUCACCUGGAGCCUGUUGUCAGCAGUGGAAUAAAGGACGCGGGUGAAAGCUAUAAAGCCGAGCGCUGGCUUCUUCACAGUUUACAGGUUCAUAUGGUCUCGGCUCAGCUGCGACCCCUGCUCCGACAUCUGGGACACACACGUAAAUUCUACAACGGUGAGCCUUACAAUAACGCUCCAGUUUCAGCCAGAAAACCUCGUUGUGAAGUGUAAACCAGCUAAAACAUCUCGCUCUCUUAUCUUUGAAAUCUCAUUUGUGCCUUCACUAUAGUUUCUUAUCUCUCAUUGUCUUAUCUCCUUAUUCUCCCUCCCUGAUUUUUACUCCCUAACUUCUGUCAGAUGAUGCCUUUCUGCUGAGUGAGCCGCAUGUGACUGCCAUGUUCCAGUGUCUGGAAGCUGUGGAGCAGAAUAACCCCAAACUGCUGGCCCAAGUAGACACUGUCGGGGUGAGUGUCAAGAACUGCUGAGUUUGUACUUAUUGAUUUCCUAUGUGCAACUGAAUUGAGCUUUUAGUCCUUGUUUGCUAACGACUCGAUGAGAUGUGUCUCUUUUUGUUUUUAACUUUACUUUUGAAAAACCACAUGUUUGUAGUACUUUUGACAUUUUAUUUAUCGUCUAAAGAAUCAGGGAUCACAGCAGCUGCUCAAAAUAAGGAAUCAAUGGGGCACGCACAUAGCCGUUGUAGUAUAAGCACACCCCAUGUAUGGGACCAGGGUCCGGUCCUGACCAUGUGCUACAUGUCCUCCCCCUUCUCUCUCUGUCUCCCCACAUUUCACCCUGUCCUAUCAAAAAAAAGACAAAAACCGCCACAAAAAAUACUUAAAAAAAAAAAAAAGGAAUCAAUUUGAAAUAAAAAAAAAAAGAUUUAACAAGGGUAUUUUGGAUUUGCUACCAGGUUAAUCAUUUCUUUCUGGUCCAUUAGCUGUCUCCUCUGAAGGGUCCACCAUGUCUGGGUCUGCUGAAGAGCCAGAGCCUCUGUGUGUUACCAGGGGCUGGUGGGGCCUGGAGGAGUGCUGACUCGGCUCUCAGAGGAGAGUCUUUAAAUCGCAGACUCACCACCUCCAACUGCUCCCUCCGAGAAGCUGUUACCACGACCAGCCACAACUCUGUGAACACUACAGGAGUGGGAUCUCAAAACAGCAACAGCACAAGUGAGACUAAUGUGGAAAGGCGACACAUUUGGUUUUAUGCGUUUCAAUAUUUAUAGUCAUGGGUUCAGCUGGGUACUUUUUCUCUCUUCAAGUCAAGGAUUUUAAUGUUGUACACUGGGUAAAUCAAAUGAAGGGAAAUAGUCCCUAAUCUGUAAUCAGUACAUACAGGGAUAAAGAGGUGGGGUGGGGGGAAUGGGACUAUGAAUGCACUACAGUUUGUAUGUGAAUAGACUGACUGACUUAACCACACAGAGGCCUGAUUGUUGGUAGACGGAGUCGGUUUUUGAACAAUGUGGUGAUGCAGCGCCUAAAACUUGGUGUCCUGAACUGACUGGUUGAAACUAUGACUGAUUGUUUUUCUUAACAUUUUUAACAUUUUUUUACUGUUUUGAGUUGAUGUCUUUUUUUUUAAAUCUUCCUUUUUUUUAUUAUCUACGCUCUCUAUUGCAGAUACUACCUCUACUCCAGCCAGCAGCCUGGGGGCUCCCUGGGUGUGUGUGUCAAGGCCAGGGGAGAGUGAGCGGGGUGUGACACCCUCUCCCGGUCCCCUCUCUGUACCCUGCAUCUCUCUCACAGAGCCUCCCUCGCCCACCUCUCUUCAACCUGAGGCAGUGGACUCCUGCGAUGGCGAGUAUGACGACGGCCCAGAGUACCUUGCUAUCGGCAACCUGGGGCAGCGCAGUCGCCGUGACUCGCAUAGCUCCUCCCACAGCAGUGAGCAGGCGGAAACCCAAGACCAGUCCCUGCUAAGGGGGCCAUCGUUACCGCCGCAAGCAAGACGCUCUUCCUUCUCAGAGGGGCAGAGGGGGCCGACCCGGGGAUCCCGAGGACACACACGCUCCUUUUCUGACACGGGGGUGAAUCAGAAACUCAGGAAUGGUAAGUGGAUGUGAGAGUAACAAGCAUCCAGUUUGAGAGGUGAAAUUGAUAAAAUUAAAUACACAUUAGGGCAAACAUUUCAGAAUGGAUAUCUUAAAGUAACUAAAACAGCAUUAAAGCUGUAGAUAAGUUUAAAUCCCACACAGAUCUGGUGGUAAAAAAGAGAAUAUAAUAUUUAAACCUGAGCAGUGAAAGUUUUUUCUACAUGGAUCAAUAAAGGAUUACGUUUUUCCUGCAUGCUCCUUAAAAAAUCUGCCAAAAUGAGCAGGUUUUGGUGCGAUGUGCAUGUGUAACCAGAGAUCAUGGUUUUAACAGGAGAAUUCCUCUUUCUUUCUGAGUGAGGUUUCAGCUCAGAUACACUCAUGGCUGAAAAAAGUUUACUCCAAAGAGAUUAUAUCUGUUCUACCAGUUGAUUUAUCAUCAGUAGUUUGGCAGUAUUUUGUCUCAGAGGGUGCGAACUUUCCUUCUGAUCUCUAUUGUGAUUGCUCUCCGUUCCACCUUCUCGGUGUGAGGUAACUGUCUCUCCCUCUGCUUUAUCUCUCCUUUUUUUCCCGACUAUUUGCGCAAAGGAGGUGGCCAUCGAAAAAUCACCAUUAUAAUUGAAGAUCCGGUCGCAGGUUGGCAGUACAGUUCAACUGUGCUCCAUCAGAUCCUCCCCUCUUUUCUUUAUUCCUCCGCAUGCUGAUGCACCAUCCCUCUCAUUUCAAGUCCUUCAGCUCAUAAAAUGUGAUUUUGGUCGUUGGUGUUCUUUUCGUGAACUUCUUGUCUUCUUUUUUUUUUUGUGGUCGGAUUGACGUGAUGAGGCCAUCAACGAUCCCUUUCAUUCUUUUGUCAGUUUUUGUUUGUGCACACUUUUUCCACGACCUACUUUUGUUUUAUUGAAAGUCUCAUAAAACUCAACAAGUGUGUUUCUCUUCAGUUUAUGUCCAGUCAUGAGAACUGAGAGAAACUUGACAUUGUAAUCUCAGUUCUUAACUAUUUAACUUGAAAACAUGAAACAAAAAAAAAAUCGUACUUAUUUUGAAAAGUGGUGAUUGCUACUUUGUCGUCUAAACUUCAGAAAAGUAUCACCACAAUCUACCACACUGUUUUUUUUUUUUCCUGAAAGGUCAGCAGUAGUGUGUUUUCUUUUUUUGUUUCCCUCAUGCAUUGAUCCAUCUUCAAAGAUUUCAUUGACAGAAAGACUCAUAAAAUCCACACUGUGCAGGAUGAAGCUGCAUGUUCCCAUCCAUUUUACAGAUUUUUUUUAGAAACUGACUUCAUCAGAGAGAAGAUUUAAACAUGUAUUUCUCGUCUCCUAGAAUCAGCGGAAGACGGCUGUAUGAAGGACUUCAGCCCCUUCACACCUCAGCGCAGUGAUGCCAGCACCCCUAGCUCCCUCUAUAUGGAGUCACGUGAGUUUGCUCUUGAUAAUUUUGCUCCUAAAUGUGCAAUGGUAGACAAAUCUGCUCUCACGUGGGAUUGUUUGAUGAUUGGGCUUCAGGACACUUCAGGAGGAGGAAGUAGAGCUGACAUGACAUACUUCUUUGAGACGGUUAUGAUUUCAUUGCAUCUGCAGGAGUUGAGCGUAGAUGACCCAGAAACGUGACACUCUGGACAUGGGUCAUCUGAGAUUUUAUAGUUUUGACAAGAAGACGCACUUACUAGCACACAGUUUUUAUAUGUGUUGUUGGCUUUUUGCCACGUGUUUGGGAGACAUUGUCAAUCCCAUUAUGUUUGAAAUACAAAAGUCUGUUUCUGUUUUUGUAGCCGUGUCAUAUAUUCUCAUGAUCAUGUUUUGGUGUUUUCAGAUGGCUCCCAGCACAGUGGUGUUCCAGAUGGGAUGUUUAGGAAGCCUUCAGAGGGUCAGAGUCUCAUCAGCUACCUGUCAGAGCAGGACUUUGGCAGCUGUGCUGACCUUGAGAAGGUCAGGACUCUGCCCAUUGAAGUUUAAAGCAAAAUUUUCAGUCAAAUUAAAUGAUCGCUGUUUAUCUACAAACAUGUAAUAACUGAAGGCAAACUAAACAUCGAGAAACAUUUUCUUUUACGUCCUACAGGAGAACGCUCAUUUCAGCAUUUCAGAGUCCCUUAUUGCUGCCAUCGAGCUGAUGAAAUAUAACCUGCGGCGUCAGGAGGAGGAGGGGGAGGAGGAAGGAGACAGUGACUCUGAGAUUCAGCAGCUCAAACAGAAGAUCCGUCUAAGGAGGCAACAGAUCCGGCGCAGUCGCCAGCCUCCCUGCGCAGCCCCCUCCCAGCACAGUAAGCACACACUACCAGUGCAGUUUAUGAAUGUCACAUACGUUACAUAUGUUACAUAAGUCAUUUUCCUAUUUAGUUCAUUUUUAAUGUUGAGUAUGCUUUGAUAACAAGACCUAAGUUGACAUUGAACUGUUUGCUUCUACAUUGUCUUUUGAUCUACUCUAUAAAAACACACGUGUACCAUGAUAACAACUAUUUUAUUUGUGUAAUUAAAAAGGAGUGGCUAUUAUAUAAUGGUAGGUGACCUUUUAAUGUCGUUUAUCCAGGGUUGCUUUAUCAGUUACAGUUAUAAAAAGUUGUGCAUUUAAGUAUCCAUUAUUGAAGACAACCCAUGAAAGGAGUUGAAUGAAUUGGUUUUACUUUUCUGUGUAUCUUUCCUCUCGUCUGGGUCAUUGAGGAAGAUGUGAUUUAUUAAAACAACUUCAUAGCUUAUAAUUGUGAAAACUAUUACCUCCAUGUUGACAAGCAUAAUAAUAAGCCCCACAUUGUCCAUCACAUUGUCUUUCAAUUUUUACUUUUAUAUCUGUUUCAUUUGUUGUUUUGCCUCCUGUUCCCUCCUCCUCCUGCAGAUUUUCACUCUACUGAUAGUGGAGGCUCCAGGAGGAGCUCGCAGGACUCCUGCCACGGCCUGUCUGACUCCGGCUCAGCUGAGGAGGUGGAGGAGUGUGAGCUGCGAGGUAGAGAGAGGGAACGAGGGAACUCUUGGAGAAGCGCUCACAUAGGGAGAAAGUAGCUGCACAUUUUGUGUGUUUUGUCAAGACAGCCAGCUUUAUAACACAAGUUGAUGAGAAGCUACACAGUAGAAGUAUUAUAAAUGAAAAGGUUAAAAUUUGAAAUUGCAAGCUAAAUUUUCAAACUUUGAUUGAAUUUUGAUUUUUCUAAUGUGAUAGAAGUCUCUGUGAAAUUCAUCAUUUUUGUGUGAAUGAGUUCCUUUUUCUUUUCUAGUCAUUAAUGACCUCAUCUCCUCACUUGCUUCACAUUGCUCACCAAGCAUGUCACGUUUACUAUCACUCAUAAACAAAGUACGAGAGUCCAAUACCCUAGCUGCAGAGUUUGUUGCUGUAAACUCUUUUUAUCAGUGUAGAUACUUAACCCUUAUUCAAGUGUACAUAUCUAAGAUUUACAAAAUUGUUUUGAAAGGCUUCAGAUUGCGCCCAGCUAAUUUCCUUCUUGUUUGUUUUGUGCAGCAGACACUAACCUAAUCACUAACAUGUAGAAAGGUCUUAACCUGUGCUUGAUAAUAUUAACAUUGGUUGUGGGAUUUCAGCUGUGCAUGUAUUUUGAGUUUGGUUUAUGGUAAUGUGUCUAACCAUCUUUAUAUACAGCUGCACUUCUCAGCACUGUAGUACGAGGCACACUUUUUUCUCACUUGAGGCUAUAAUAAUUGCAUGACCACAUGUCUCAGUGAGGUGACACCAGCACACAGCAGUGAGGAAUAGCUACAGAAAGUGUUUGUGCCACUGGUGACGGCUGUGCUGAGUGUUAGUUUCUGUCUCUCAGAUGGCUGCGAGGGUCAGUCCCUGCUGGCGGUGUCUCGGAGCGGCCUCUCCCUGUCACUCGCCUCCCUCUUCUCAGGUAUCUGCAGGCUGGGCGAGUGGGCGAGGCUCCACAGACUCACACGGACUUUCAGUGUGACCAUGAUCCUUUGAGAGUAGUCUGAUGGCUUGACUCCAAACUGACAACUCCCACCAUUAAAGCCAUUAAUCUAAUCUGCUGACAUUUAAAGUACAACUCAAGUCAUAACACCUUAUUGGGUAUUUUUUACUUCAGUUAAAUCUCAUUGAAGUCAUUUUGUUUUCUUAAAGGGAUAUUCCGGCAUAAAAUUAAGUUAGGGUCAAACACACAGUAACACCGAGUUAGACACUCAGUCGAGAGAUGAAUGUUGCAGAACGCUUGCUUCUCUUUUAAUUUUAAUGUUAAUUUAAUUUUACGCCAGAAUAUCCCUUUAAAGUCAGAGACUUAAAGAAAUCAGCCCCCCAAAAUCUCAAAACCUUUCCCUAGAGCAUAUUGUAGUUAUCUAUGCAUUUCUCUAUUAUUUUAUAAACAAAACUAUGGAGUGACUCUCCCUUUUGAUUCAUCAUUUGUGAAUGCAUGUUUAGCUCAGUGAAUGCAACAUUAGCCUGAGAAAAACAAAUAGCUGAAGCGAUUGACUUAGUACUUGGGUUAAUGAAAACAAUCUCAAUCAUGCCAACCCCCAAGUUAUAAAUUUUGUGAUGAUUUUUGAGUUCAACCAAAAUUCCAUUCAGACCAAAAAGAUGUGAAGGAGUCAUAUUUGACAGAGGCUAUCAGUGUGAUAGAUAACAGACAUGAUAUGACUUAGUGCAGUUGGAUAGACUCUAGUUAGUUUACUUUUUGUCUUAUGUACUCAGAUCCAGGUCUACAUUAGCUGUUAUUUUCCUUGAUACUAAUACGUGUCAUAAACUGAGGGGGUCAACAUGAUCAUGUUACAUCACUGAAAGAAGACGAUUUCUUCAGCGUCGUUUUCAGUUUGGAGUCAAACCAGCUGCCUCCUCCCUCUGGUGGAUUUGUUUGCUUGGCUGUUUGUUGAUGCUUGUUGUUGACUGACCCGGGGUUACGGAGAGUUUACCGGUGAAAGUUUAACAAGACUCUUGGUAGGAGAUGAGCGAAGUGUAACUCAAUGGCAACUUCAUCCUUCCAUCAUACCAAUUAUUCAUGAUCUCUUUUGCAUUUCAAGUGAGACUGCGGCGUGAGUGAUGUACCCUUCACAUCCUUCAACCUUAUUUCACCAAAUGUCAAAUGAAACCAGUACUAAAUGUUUUUUUAAGGAUUUAAGGGUAGAGAUUGUUGUUAGUUUCCAAUCUUUUAUUUAAGAAUAACAACAGAUUUAGACUCUGAAAGUAUUGCGGUUAUGAUAAAAAAGCUGAGUUUUACUUUUUUUUUAUUUAGCCUAUAAAAUGCACAAUGAAUGCUCUCAACCUGCUUUAUGAUUCCAAAUGAUUUCUACCUAAUUGUGUAAAUUUCUUAACCAAAAUACUAAAACCUCAUUUCAAUCCAAGAGACUUUAAUCUGGAAUCAUGUGUGUGAAUUUCAGGCUUGCUCCUAAGAAACCAUAAUCAGUUGCAAAUGACUGUUUUUUAAGAGUCUGUGUCCAAAGUAUUUAGUUGCGGUAGCUAAACUUUAUAACUGUAAAUACAAGUAAAGCCACAGAUAAUUCAGAUGAUCUUAAAAGAUGUCUAAAAUGACAUUAGUGCUCAUGUGAUUCAAACUUAUUUCUGAAGGUAAACAGAGUAUCUGCCCAUCCUUUUAUAGUGCAAUCAAAAAAGCUCAGCUGACCCAGACAGAAGCAUUUUUGUUAAUUUGGAAGCCACACAAAAAUUCACUAUCUCCUCUCCCGCCAAACCUAUUCUUCCCAAUUUCUUUGCUUCUAUAUUGUUGGUGAAGCUUAACAGGAAAAAACAGCUUUCCUUAGAGCAACAUGCUGUCUUUAAACAGAAACUGUUUUCUACUUCUCUUCAUUUUGUGCUCAUAUGGCCUUCCUUCCUUCCUUGUUUGUUUUUUGAAAAGCUGCUUUGCUGUAGCAAAUACUGCUGUUCUCCCUGUGUGGGAAAUUUUAACCAUCUAUCCACCAGCCAGCUGCUGGUACAUUUGUCUUUUGUAAUUUUAAUCUUAUCUUUAUCUCUUUGAUUAUCUUAUUUUGAUCCAAUCUUCCUUUUUUUUUAAAUCAAAAAUACAAAGAAUCCAGAAUGGCUGAUGGAUAAAGAGGCUCUCUUUGUAAAGUUUGACUUGUUUAGUUCUCACCAGGUGAUAUUAUCGUUGUUUAACUUUCAAAAAUGCCGUGUCUUACAGAUGCAGACAUUAAGCGCAGCGUCAGCUCCAGUGGCAGGUCCUUCCUCAGUUCAGAUUCUAUGUAAGUGCCAAAAUAACUUCUCAAUAAUUUAUGACUUUUUUUUUUUAAAGCAGUGUUUUUAAAAAUGUGUUUGUUCUUCUGCUUUUUUUCAGCUCUCCAUCCUUUCUCCAGUCUAACUCAGCUGAAUCAGUGGCCAUGGGUUUACUCAGGCAGUUUGAGGGCAUGCAGCUUCCUGCAGCCUCAGAGCUCGACUGGCUGGUCCCAGAACACGAUGCUCCACAGAAGGUACAACAUCUCACUUCCACAUACAGUAGUCUUAUACUUACGCUCAGCACAGUUUACAAAAGAAACAUGAACUUAUUUCUCUCUCCAGCUCUUGCCCAUCCCUGACUCUCUUCCAAUCUCACCUGAUGAUGGAGAACACGCUGACAUCUACAAGCUAAGAAUUCGAGUUCGGGGCAACCUGGAGUGGGCGCCACCUCGACCCCAAAUUAUCUUUAAUAUCCAUCCUGCUCCAAAGUAAGACAGCUCUAGUUUUAACCUGUCUUGUUUUUUGGUUCUUUUUUAAGUUUGUUUUUCCAUUCUCCUGUAGUUUCUCUGUAAUAACACACACAUACACAGGAGCCUUUGGUUGCACGUGAAAGUAUUUGAUGAUGAUUGACUGAUUGCAGCCUAACCGGUUGGUUGAGCUUGCAGGAUUUAAGAUGAUUAGGAGAGAGCUGUUCCAGUCCAGAGGUGAAUACAGAACAGCACUUAAACCUCAUCCUCUAACACCUCCAAGGAAAAUAAUGUGGACACAGAAAAUGUGACCCAUAAGGACACUUUCCAGUCCCUCCUCUUGACUCUGGUUUAGCAUCUAGGAGAACUUUUAUAUUUUAAGCACAGGUGGCUGUCAAGUUGAUGUUUUGAGCUCUAAUCUGUUUGUGUUUUUUUUUUUUCAAGAAAUUUGGAUUUUUACAGAAAUAUUAACAUUCGUGUUAUUGACGAUAUUUCUCCCAUCAGGAGGAAGAUUGUUGUUUCAAAACAGAACUACCGCUGCGCUGGCUGUGGCACCCGUGUCGACCCUGGUACGAAAUAAAGAAAUAUUUCAGAAUAAUUGUUAACUCCCUUCAAAGUUUGAAGUUUUAACAUCAUUUUAAAGGAUUUUCAGUUUGGCAAAGCAAACUUUUUGUUUAAAAAAAAAAACUUUUGUUGUUUUUAUUUCACAAAAGUUUUUUCAAGAUUUUUUUUAUUUUUAUUUAUGUUUGUAAAAAGACAUGCAGGAAUCUUUUCCUUUUGCUCUCUGUCACACUAUCACUCAAACUUCUUAUCUUUCCGCUCUCUCUCCUCACUUCAGACUAUAUCAAACGGCUACGUUACUGUGAAUACCUCGGGCGUUAUUUCUGCCAGUGUUGCCAUGAGAACGCUCAGGCGGUGGUUCCAGGCAGAGUUUUGAGGAAGUGGGACUUCAGCAAGUACUACGUCAGCAACUUUGCCCGGGACCUGCUGAGCAAGAUUGCCGGAGACCCUCUUUUUAAUCCCAAUGACAUCAACAGUGGCCUGUACAAGAAAAUCAAAGCUCUGGAGGCAGUCAGAGUGAGUACAGAGGCAGCAUGAGGAAGAUUUUACCUGUAACUAGGAGGUUAAAACGGUUUAGAAAAAAAAAACAGGUGAUAAAAUGAUGUCAUUUAAAAGACAAAGUGUUAUUGUUUUUACUGAGCGUAGUCACUUAAUUGUAAAGUGGUGACACUGACCUUGCGCUGCUAAAAUUACUUGAAUUAUCCGUGUGGAAAUCCACCAAAAGACGCCAUUCAUUCCCUUGUAAACACACUAUCAGGUGAUGCUAAAAAAAAACACUUGAUCCUUUUUUUUUUUUAAACUUGUUAUUUAGCAGCCAGUAACACAUGACCAUCGGACACAAAGUACCUUCAGUGUUCUUGAUAAAUCACAUAGAAAUUCCUUUAAAGCCGAGACAUUAGCCAUGCAUUCUUCUGUGUUCAUGGUUGAAAAUCUCCGACCAUUAGUUUCUCUUUUUUCUAUGAACAAAUUUAUGCAGUUAAGUUGCUGUGUACUUGUGACAUGUGCAAUGACAGUAAACCAAAUCUGAUCUGAUCUGAUGUUGUAAGGAUUUUACAGACCUCUCUAGAAAUAGCUCGGCAUCAUCUUGUUUUAUGUUUAUGUAUCAUGUUGGCAUGAUAUGUUCAACAUUUUGAUUGUUGUGCCUCAAAAACCUUUCACUGAUGAUGAUUUGUAUUUUAUGGCUAGGACAGCUAAUGAGGCUAAUAUGGUUGCAGGUCAGAGUUGCACAAAUAACCAGUCCAUUGAGAAUUUAGGGCUAAAGCAGUGCUGAAUAUAAAUCAUUUUAACAGUACAGAUCCUCUUAUCGAGAGAUUAACCUGAUAUAUCUGCUCUUUCUGCCCUUAUAAUAAGUCCUAACUUUGUAUUUCUCAGUGUUUAAAAUCACGUUUUCUGUCAUUCAGGUUUUGAGGGUGCAGCUGUUUCACAUGAAAAACCUCUUCAAGACCUGUCGCUUUGCUAAAGAGUAAGUCUGCUGGUGCAGGAUUUUUAGAGUUGUAACCUUAACAAAGUCUUCCUGAUGAAAGGAUGAUGGUCAUGACCCAUAUCUGCCUGUUUGGACCGUAGAGUGCUGGAUCAGUUCGACAGCUUGCCAGGUCACCUGACAGAGGACCUCCACCUCUUCUCCCUCAAUGACCUCACUGCUGUGCGCAACGGAGACUUGGCUUCCCGAAUGAAAGAGCUGCUUAAACUUGGCACCAUACACGCAGCUGGCUGUGUGGUAAGAUCCCCACGAACGAAGCUAAACAAGCAGAGAUUCACGGUGUUAUCAGAUGUUUAUUUUUGUUUGUCCCUCUUUUUUAUUUCUUCUUUCUCAGCUUUGCCAGGCCAAGGGUUUUGUGUGCGAAUUCUGCAACAACGACAAAGACAUCAUCUUCCCCUUCCAGCUGAACAAGUGCCAACGCUGCGAAGGUGAGCCCUCUCUGCUGGUGACAGGCCUGGGCGCCUCACGAGCCCCCUCUCCCCGCCCCCCCAUUCAUCAAACCUGGAGAGACUGGAAGAUCUCAAAACCUCGUAGGCUGGCAAAGCUCCUCUUUCGAGACAGGAAAGAAGGAGAGGGAGGAGAGGAGAAUUUAGGGUUAAAUAGGGAUCAGGGGGUGGAGAGCGAAGACGAUGAAAGGUGGGAGACAGCAGAUGAGGGGCAGGAGGAAGGGAAAUCUCCUGAUAAUCUAUUUAAAGCUUUCUCCAGGAAUAAAGGCAGAGAAGAAGAGCAGGAGAUAUCAGGAACGACAGAAUCAGAUAGUGAGGAGACAAAGUACGAUGAAGAAGAAGAAGAAAAGGGGAAAAGAGAAACACAUGGAGAGGAUUUAAGUAAAGAAAAGACAAGUAAGAAUAGGGAGGAUGUGCAUGAAAAAGGAGAAAAAUUCAACUUAUUAAAGGUUUUUCAAAUAGACAGACUGAAGAAGAACGUCUCUGAGUAUGAAACAUGCAGCAGUAAAGAAAGUCUAGAAGAAGUCGGACUAGAGAGGAAAGGAAAAUGGAAGAUAUCAGGGUUAGCAAGUUUUACCAGGGGUUUUCCAAAAAGAGAGGUUACUGAUGGAGGAGAAGCAGAAGUGAAAGAGAAAGAUUCUUUACAGAGUGAAACGGUCAACGAAGAGGAAGUAAAAGCCAGGAAAGAUGCUGAGGAGAGAGAUGGAAAGUCAGACAAAAGUCAAACGGAGGAAAGUACAGAGAAGUUUACACUUUUUAGAUUAUUGAAACCACAUCAGCUGUCAGGUGUUUUCUCUAAAGGCAAGAGCAGUGUGAAAGAGAAGGAGAGAAAGGUAGAAGAGAAGGAGAGAAGGGUAGAAGAGAAGGAGAGAAGGGUGGAAGAGAAGGAGAGCAGGGUAGAAGAGAAGGAGAGAAGGGUGGAAGCAAAGGAGAGCAGGGUGGAAGAGAAGGAGAGCAGGGUGGAGAGUGAUGGAAAAAGAGAGACUGAUACAGACGAGUUUGAAAGCCAGCAAGUUAAACACACCAGCUGGAGGAGUCGUAAAACUCGCAAAGCCAGGAGAGUAACCAAGGGCAGGAAGAACAGGGAAGGGAUGGAGAAAGAGGGCACAGACGGAGGUGGGGAGAGUGCAGAGAAAGAGGGUGGAGAAAGAUGCACUGAAAAAGCAGCGGGACAGGAGUAAAGGCAGGAAUGAGUCACAGAUGCAGCAUUUUCAGCUGCUGUGGAGAUUCUCCAGAAAACAAUAGUUUGUGUUUAAGUCCAUGUUUCUGACUGAUUUAAUUAAACUGAGGGCUUCAAGUUCUUAUUGAACCAUAUGACUUCAAUGUCUACAGAGCUUUUUAACAUUAUGAUGAGAUUUUAUGAUUUUAUUGCAUCUGUAGUCUGUAAAUUUUACAUAUGCGGCAAAACUGCAUUUAAUAUAUUUGGGGAAACAGCCUUUGCAGAAACAACAUGAUGUUGUUUACAAGGUGCUUUGCGCUGCAUUAUUCCUCCGCUGGAUGAAGUUAACUCUUCCUGUCUGUUGCGUCAUAUCAAGUAGACUAAAUGUUGAAUUUCCCUUCAGAUAAUCUGUUUUCAUUCUGCUGUGCUUUGGUGGUCCCUCCUCCUUUAUUCCCUUUCUUACUUUCACAACUUCUCAGCUGUCUGGUGGUUUGAAACAUAAACUCUUCUUCUGCUCUUCUUGUUGAGCACUGAGUUGCUUGCACUAGAUUGGUGUUGGUUUUUCUUGGCCUGAUUCCUGGAGCUCGUUGCAACAUUUGCAAAGGUGGUGGAGGGUAGUUGUUUUCCUGGUAUUUGGUGAUGGGUGACUUCUGGCUCGAUGAUGUUUCUGAAGCUGUUUUCGGGUGUUUCUCCGUCAAUAGCUCAGAGCUUCUGCGUUUGUUUUUGCCACAGGGAUGGCAGAUGAUACUCUUGGUCUACUCUUGGUCCUUUAUUUCAGCUUGAAGAUACCUAAAGUAUGAGCAGUCUUUGGCUCUAGACUCGUCCGUCAGAGUAGAGGAAAUGAUCUGUUGUAGCACCUUAUGUCACCUGUGAUUGUUUAGUUUUAAUCAGAUUUUAUUGAAGAAUGAGUGCAGCAUUAUUUGAUGUGUUUGUCAGUUGUGUCUUAGUGUGAACGUGUGAUUUAGCUGCUCUUACAUCUGACUUCUAUAAUUUAAACUUCAUCCUUAUGUGAACAUGAAAUAAACACUAUUUUUGAAUUGGAGUUGCCUUUCAUUUCAUCCAUCUUUCAUUAAUUAUUUCUAAACCUUUGAUAAGUAGUCUUUAUAAUCUUUUUGAGCUUAAACAUUGAAGAGUUUAAAAUCACUCUGGCGUCCUCUCUUGGAAGCUCUGGAUGUGUCUGAACAGGUUGAGGGUGUGUUUCCUGGGAUUUCAGCCUUCUCACAUACCUGCUUCCUUACUCCCUACCUCUGCUAUGCUGACUUUAACUCCUGAGUCUUUUAUACCCUCCUGCCUCCCUCAGGCUCCAUUGUGAUUGGCUGUCAUGUUUAUGGCAACCUGGUUUUAUUGUCGGCGAACUGGUUCGACUGGUGCUGUAGCAUUGUUUGGUUUAGCAGAUAGGAGCUGCUCUCUGAAUGCUGAUGUGCUCCUUUGUUUGAAUAACCUCUUUGUGCUGUGAAGGCUUGAAAGGCUCAUGUUUCUAUCCCUUGUUUUUUUUUCUUCCUCUGUUUUCAGAAUGCCACGCGUGUUACCAUCGCAGCUGCUUCCGGGCCGGGAAAGACUGUCCUCGAUGUCAGCGGCUGGCAGAGCGGAGGGAGAGGAUGGCACGCAAAAACAUGGAGGAACAAGAAGACGAGGGUGGUGGGAGCUAGUGGUAACUCAAGGACAAAUGAAGAAGAGCACAAUGUGACCAUGAUUGUAGUGACGGACCACCUCUGUCUUGACGUUCCAGUCCUCUCAGACCUGGGUGGCAAUACUUGCUGCAGAAACGAUUCGAUCUUAAAUCAAAUACCAGGCGUACACUAAUUUCCAGAUGCAUCAAAUUGAAGUAAAUGCUCCUUUACACCUGCAGUUUCCUCUGUGUGGAGGGUUCAUUUUUUUGUUGAAGCUUAAUUUACCGAUCAAGAUUUCUUUGAGUUAAAAACCUCUAUGAUCAGUCUACAUCUCCCUUUAAUGACACAGCGGUUCAUCCUUAAUAUCUCAUUCCUUGCUGUGUUACUAGAGUAAAUGUCCUUUUGAUAUUUUGGAAUUUGAUGUGAUGACCAAAUGGCAGUGUCGAAGAGUCAUUGUUGCAGAUGUUGCCCCGUUUGUUUCUCUUAUGUUUUUGGAGCAACACUGCGUUUCCUAAAUGGCUCUGCGUAAGAAAUCGACUAAAACCUUCAGCCUUACUGGGGUGUUUGAUGCUCAGAAGAAAGCCUGAGAUUCACCUAACUUCUUGGCACUUUGUCUCUGUGUGUUUAAAAUCGAGUAGAUGAGUUGACUCAGUUUUUGCUCAGGCUGUUGUACCCCAGGUUUGAAAUUCCUCCUUCCUACAAACUGCAGCUUUUUUGCAACUGCUUCAACUCUGAUGAUUUUAACAGCUGCAGGCUUCGCUGGAGUUUGUUUUUGUGGCCUGAUACGGCAGGAUCUCUUUUGAAAAUUUAAAUUAAAUAGAAAGCAAUAUUUCUUUUUUUUUUUUUUUUUAUAAUGAUUUGAAUGAUUUUCAGUGUAGACACUGUAUUGAGCAAUCUCUAAUCGUUUUAUGUUGAUUUGAAAGAUUUGAGGUAUUUAACUCUUCUUUUCCUGCCAGUUUUCAGUGUUUUUAAGCUGUUUUUUUAGCUACGCGUCUGUGCCUGCGGGACCAAUGGAGUUAGACUUGUAGAGCUAGCAGAGUGUCAUUUGAAAGCAUAAUUUAUAGAAGGACUGGGCUUCCUAAAGGGGCCUCAGGGUCAGUGUUGAAAAUAUUGUUGAAUGAAACUGCAAACGCUCCUGUUCUGUGCUGCUUUGAGUGAUCGGGUGUGUGCGUGUGCAUACUAGGAAAAAGCUUUUUGAAUAUUUUGAGUGUGUGCUUGUGUGUGUGUGUGUGUGUGUGUGUGUGUGUGUGUGCUUGUGUGUGCACAUGUCUACCUGCUGUACCAGCAGCCAUGCACAAAUGGGUUGCACCAGCCUAAUCAGCACUUGCCUGUUUUCUAAUGUCGUGUAAUAGAAGAGAGAGAGAGCGAGAGAGGGAGAGCGAGUCCAGAAGUUUGCACUGAUCCUGUCUGUCUGUCUGUUUGUCUGUUGUUGGUGGGUUGGCGGGUUUAGGGCGUCACACUUUGGAGAUUUUUGUGAAAUAUUAAUGUUUGUUUCAUCAAGCGCCUGCACUGCACUAAACUUUUAAGGGUUUCUGUUCAAAAUCAGAGAGAUUAAAAGAAACAACAGAUACAUAACGAGUAGAAAAAAAUCCUGAUCAAACAAAGACAUCAUUCCUUCUUAUGAGUAAAUCACAGUGGUUCCCAACCUUACUGGCCUGUGACUCAGAGCUGAGGAGAAACUGACAUUUGGAAAAAGUUAGCUUAGCUUAGCAUCAAGACUGAAACAGGUGAAAAAAAACAGCCUGACCCUGUUACAAAAAAUCUCUGUGCCUGCCUAACAACAUGAUAGUACUUCUUAUCGCUACAAGCACUGAAACAAACAAAAACAAGUCAGAGUUAAAUGGGAGAAUAUGUACUGAUAAUUUUUCAACAGUUUAUGUGACGAGUAUAUCUCUUGGUUAAGCUAAGUUAGUAGGUUGCUGGCUCAUGUUUGCACAACAGAGGCGUGAAGAAAAGUUCCUUAAAUGUCGAACUAUUCCUUUAAAAUGAAGCAGCUUAUUCUGACUGUCUCUGCUGGCAUAGACUUACCUCAUACUUGAGUUUUGAUUCGUCGACCAAACUCUUAUUUUUCCUCUUCAGAUUGUUUCCAAACAUCGGUCCUUUUUUCACGUUCAGUUUUCUGGUGAUCCGCAGAUUGGUCUUUGGACCUCCAAGGCUCUGAACCACUGUGCUGGCCAACACAUAAGAGGGUUUAGUGGGUCGGGGCUCUGCCUUUGCUUUGCAUACAGCCACCUAUCAGAAAAAUAACCCGUCAUGGGACACAUUACGAGCAAUAAUAGUCCGCCUUAAAGGUUUAAACUGCAGUAAUAAGACUGCUUUUCAAUCCAACACUGAACUCUUAACAAGCUCCAGAACAAAGUGACGCUCAAAACCUCGCCUGCUUUUCCAGCACAUUGUUUUCCUCUUGACUGCCUUUAACAUGGAGCCAUGUUGAGGUUUUAAAGUGCACUACACUUAUUAAAAAUGUUGAUUUUGUUAUUUUAAUGAUUGUUCUUUGUGGUAAUUUGCCUUUGUUCUGUAAUUAUGUUGACAAUAAAAGACUGGCUAGACUGUUGAGGAGUCUCAUGGAUUUUAAUGUGCAG